CAUGUUUACAAAGCUUGUGCGAAAUUGAAUGUUGUUUACAAAACAUGGUGGCACACAGCAGCGGUUCACGAAACUCUGAAUUAAUGGAAUAACCCUGUGUAUUGAUUGUAUUCUUAAUUCUGAUAUUUUUUAUUCGAUACUCAUCAGACCCUGUAGCAACAUGUCAUCCGUGGAUGAAGACAGUGUUCCGGAACUUCCUCCAGAUUCCCCGGGAAGCUCCGUUUCCAGUAGAUUGAUGGAGGAAUAUGAGGAACUGCUCAAGCACGCAGUGGUCAUCCCGAACUAUGACCCCAAACGAAUCCCACACACAAUGACAGAGGUCAGGGGGUCGUUUCCACAGGCAACGAGAGAGAAGCUUGUACAGAUUCAAAGAGAAGAAGAAUCAGAAGAUGAUGCAGACACAACACCGGUGGUUGUCAAGGUAACCAGAGAAGCACAACUUCCUGACUUUGGUCAGAGUCCUAUUGGUUCCCAGCAUUCUGAGCAGUCGGACCAAGAGACGCCGCGUAAUGCCAUGUCUGCUGAUGAAGAGCAGCACAGAGUCCCACCUCCUCUCUUUCAAUCAAAGAACACCAGCCAAUCAGAGAACCAGGAGCAAGGUCAAAGGUCAUUCCAUAGUGAAGGUCAAAGGUCGUUUAGAAGUGAGGGUCAAAGGUCGUUCCAGAGAGAGCAGAACACGAUAGAGACUGAAUACAUGUCAUCCAUUGACCCAGACGUCACAAAGAUGGAGGGAAUGCUGGACCAAUGGACCAUAGAUCUAAAAAGAAAUGUUUUGGCGGAGUUUAGUCAGGCCAAGAUUCGCAUUGUGGAGAGGAGUAAACAGACACUUAUCAGGGAGCAAGAAUGUUCUGCAUCAGAACGCGCAAACCUUCAGAAUGAGAUAGAGAGAAUGAAGGAACUGAUGCACACGUAUGAGACGUCGAUUCAGCGCAAAGACCAGGUGAUAUCAAACCUGACGCAGGCGCUCAGUAAACAAAAGGACAAAGAGGACGCCAUGAAAACGUUCUCCGAGUGGAAGGUCCAACAUGUAGACCUCAAAAGGGAGAAAUUUGCCGAAAAGCUUGCAAGUCGCUACCAUGAGAGGCGGCUUCAACAGAAGGUGUGGGAGGCGUGGCAUUCGGUCAUCGAAAACAAGUGGCGGUCCCGCGUAGAGAAGGCGUGUCAGGCCAAGGCACAGGAAGUCUGUUUACAGCUGACCAACGACUACGAGGCAAAAGUGGCAGCGUUGAGCGAGGAACUGAGUGCAGCCCGCGAGGAGAUAUGUGAUCUACACAAACAGCGUGACCAAUAUGAGGAGGCCAUGAAGAAAGCGUUCAUGCGCGGUGUGUGUGCACUCAACCUUGAGGCCAUGACCAUAUUCAACAAGGACGACCAGAAAGAAAACAGGCCCUCUGGAGACCUUUCUGACAAUUUGGAGAGCAGUUUGCCGGACAAAGACUUCAGCGCCCCAAAAACCAUCCCCCAGGAGGCAGUGUUUACCUCAAGACCUGAGCAUGAGGCCCAUGCCCCCAAGGUCAUUACAAGUCAAGGAUCAAGGUCAUCCACACUUUCUAGUAUGGCCCAGUCCAAGGCAAACAUGGCAGCUUCAAGGGUGACAAGUUCCCAAAAGGGGAAAUUGAUUCCAGCCAAAGUGACCAGCAAGAUUGACAGCCAUCGACCCAGUUCUGCCACAGUGGGUGGUGUCAGAACUCCUCGCCCUGCCUCCUCAGGGGGGUCACGACCUGGUGACCUUGGGGUCAAUGGUGUGGCUCCGCCCAUGAGUUCUGUUAUUGUAGAGAGACACCAACCUGUUUCUAAGGAAACAAUCGGAAAAGCCACCGCAGUGAAGUACCCCAGCAAAAAGAGCACCACCCUGGCAGAUUAUUCACAAGGGGGUGUGUCCCACAGAAAGAUUGCUGGACAGACGUCAUCAGGCCCCGCCCACUUACAAACUGUAAAAGUAGUGGACUAAGCCUAAGUGUGAUAUUCAUAACUAAAUAUACACAAAUAUUUUAUGCAUUUAACUUAUUUCUAGACUAGAAUGAUACACUGUUAUCAGUUUCGAAUGGAAAUUAAGUUAUUAUACAAACAUCUAUGAAAGGAUUUUUUA